GACCACAUAGUCGUUGAUACUUUGUUUAACUGCCUACUCAUCGUUAGUGUCAAUGUUCACAGGUUGCUGAUAUGAUUGUGAGACUUGGAUUAGGGAAGAACCCAUUGGAAUUUUAUGGAAAAAUUCCCUGGAUAUCAGUUAUCCUCCAUCAUUUACUUAGGGAACUUCCAACUGAAGUAGUGUGUUCAAAUGCUGUGGAAAUUCUUCACCUUGUUGAGUGCAGCGACGAUUAUUCAUUUGACCAGUGUUUAAAUUACAAGAUGCUUGGAUUGAAACUUUGUGAGGGAAUAUCUCAAGUGAAAGAUGUUGAUCCCGUAAUUAAUGAAGUAAUUCAGGUUGCUACCGAAAGGAAGAGCCUUGAUGAGUAUUUGAAGAUCUUGGAUGCUUAUAUGGAUAUUAUUCUACAACAUAAGAUGGAUCUUUAUCUAAAUUCCAUUCUAAGUGAAAUAUUUGAGAGAUUGUGCAAUGAAGUGGUUACCGAAGCGGAAUUGGCUAGCCUGCAAUCAAUUGCUCUGAAGCUGAUCACACAUUUUGAUGAUAUGAAAUAUGUUUUUGAGCUGAACUAUUUUGUUGACAUAUUAGAUGUCAUGCAUGGGAGCUCAAGAAGCAUUGUGGAUAUGCACAUCCUUACUAAUGCCACAAGAAAUGAUCGCAUUGAUGAUCCUACCACCAUAAAACUGCUUUUUGAUGUUGCUCAGUCUCUUCACGAUAGUGUUAAUUUCCCAAGCACGAGACAGGAUGAUAAUCAUCAGGGAGAGCGUUUGAUUGCUCGUUUUGUUGAUAAGGUUGACCAUGGUAAGGAGUUGGAUCGCCAUUUGACUUUCUUGAUUGAAUGCCGUGGAGCUUUUAAUAACAUGAAUGAUCUGAAGGAAAUUCUUGUUCAUUCGAGCAAUCUUUUAGCAGCCAGGGCUUUGAGAGAGAAAACUGAUCAUAUCAACUUUAUCAAAUCUUGCAUUACUUUUAAUGAAGUUACAAUACCAUGUAUUCCGUCUUAUUCGAGGCAGUUAAUCUUAUAUCUUGAAACAGCAGAGGUUUCUCUUUUUGGAGGUUUGAUUUCCUAUUCAGAUGGACUUGUUGAUUCCGCUAUCGGCUGCUUACAAAACGUUUACUUGGUAGAUGGCUUGCGGAAAUCCAAUGAAGAUGCUGAUGGUAUUGUUUCCUUGAUGCAAAGGUUAUGCAGCUUCAUGCUCUUGGUUCCAGGUAACUGGGAACAAGGAGUUACUUACAUACCGAAGAGCAUAUUAUCCUUGCUUGAUUCACAAUCAUGGAUGACACCAAAACUAAGGAUAAGGGUCCUAUGUUCACUUCUUUCUUUAUCCGCAACAUUUGCUCAAAAUGAGCUCCCAUAUCAUGCAAUUCAUGAAGGGGUAAUUAGCAAUGACCGUUUAUUCUUUGGUCAUGCAAUGUAUUCCCAAGAGCUUGUGUCAUUAUCUAGUGUUAUUCUUCAUAACAUGGUUGAUAUUAUUCCACAAGAACCUUCACAGGCUGCACGAGGAAAAUUGGCACUUGAAGCUUGCAACUGUAUUGCGUCGCUUUUGAAGGUGGAUCAAGAAAUAUCGUCCAUAUGCUCUAAGUUGGUGGAGACGGCGGUAUCAUGUCUUGGAGCCAAUAACAAAUAUUUGCAGUCAACGAUUAAUUUUGUGCAUAAACAGUCCCCAAUCUCGGUCGGAAGAGAAUGAUUAUCAUAUAGAUCGAGCACAAAAUCAAGGUCUCUGCUUUUCUACAACUCCCAACUCCAACUCAGAGCAAAACCAAAGGUACUUUAGAUGUUCGAUAAAAAAUCAAACAAGUUUCUCAAACCGAAUGUGAAGGAAGCAUUGCAAUUUUUGCUUUCGUUGGAAGGUUUUAAUGUUAAAACUUUGGGAAAUAGAAAUGACUCAAAUCAAAUAUUACCGAGGCAACUUUGUACUCCAUUUUGUGUACAGAACGAGACAUGACAAAAAGGCCUUAGUUUGAUUUGACAUUGACAUUGACAUAGACUUGUGACUGGUAGUACCAGAUUGACAUUUUUUUUGUCCCACUGAAGUUGGACCAACCGUGACAAUUUUGUUGUCGUUAACAGUUUUAUGUCAAGUUCAAUUCAAUCCCGUUUUAUC